AUGUCGUCAGGAAGCGAGAGUGAUGAAGAGUACGUGCCAGGGGAACCCGAAAAAUUAUCGGAAGAAGAAUCAGCAAAUGAAGAAACAGACAUGCAGUUUGAGAAAGAGUUGGAACAAAAGGCAAAGAAACGAAAAGGAACUAAAGAAGAAACUGGCACAAAGAAACGUAGAACACGGAAUGGUGGAGUAGAAAAAGAGGAAUCUCCAGCGAGAGAAAUAGAGAAAAACGAAGAAGUAUUAAAUCCUGAAGAGGAGAAGAAGAAAGAAGAUGAUCUAUGGGCGAAAUUUCUAGAAGGAACCGAUACUAAGCCUAAGCCUACCUCGACAGUGACCAGCUCGACUAUUGAAUCACCUAAAACUAUAGCUAAAGAAGAAACGUCCAAGAAAGCCGUAUCCAGCACGAGCGAUGAUAAAGAGAGAGAAAAGAGAAUAUUUGAAUUUGCUGGAGAAACUAUUGUUGUCGAAAAUAAUAAGAUCAAAGAAAAGAUUAAAACUGCUGACAGCCCAGCUACAGGGAGCAAAGUACAAACGCCAGUGCGCAGCCGAUUUGGAGGUGGAGGCCUGUCCAACGUCCUCGGUCAACUGAACAAGAAGAACCAGUUAUCAACCCUCGAGAAGUCGAAACUAGACUGGUCUACUUACAAACAGGAGGAAGGCCUUGAAGAUGAAAUUGAAAGUCACAAUAAAGGAAAAAAUGGUUUCUUGGACAAACGCGAUUUCUUGGAACGCGCAGAUGUACGGCAGUACGAGAUUGAGCGAAACUUGCGGAUGAGCCGCCGCAGCAACCGAUAA